AUGAUUCUUCCAGUGGUGUUCCUGUGUCUCGCAGCUGUGCUGCCUCUGUCCACUGGAGAGGAACCCGAAGGUUUCAUUGCUCUGUCAACUAGCAAAGCAGAUCAGCAGAAGCUGAUUGUUGACAGACAUAAUGCCCUCAGGAGAGAAGUAAAACCAACUGCCAGCAACAUGUUGAAGAUGAAAUGGUGUCCUUCAGCUGCAAACAAUGCCCAAAAAUGGGUCAAUCAAUGUACUUUAAAACACAGUCCUGGUUGGACCUGAAUAAAAACAGUAGGUGAAGACAAUGUACAAUGUAGUGAAAAUCUCUUCAUGUCAUCCACCCCCUUCUCGUGGUCAGAUAUUAUUCAGGUCUGGUACAAUGAGCAGAAAAAUUUCGUAUACGGAACUGGAGCAAAACCACCAGGUGCUGUAAUUGGCCAUUACACUCAGGUCGUCUGGUACAGUUCUAAUCAAAUUGGAUGUGCUGUCGCUUUCUGUCCCAACAGUAAAUACAAAUACUUUUAUGUCUGCCAGUACUGCCCCAUGGGGAAUAUACUAAGUUCAAUUCGGACACCCUACAAAAAAGGAAAACCCUGUGGUGAUUGCCCUAAUGCUUGUGAGAAUGGAUUAUGCACCAAGCUUUGAAAGUUUGAAGAUGUUUAUUCCAGCUGCCUUGGAAAAGUCUCCUGGACUACCCAUAGCUUCUUCAUUCACUGCCCUGCUACCUGCCAAUGCAAAACUGAAAUAAAAUGA